AUGGAUCCAAAUAAUUCAAAAGAACUCAAUAAAUUCUUUUGGGAGUUGAUAGAAGAUGAAUUUGUGGACAACACCGAUGAGGAACUAUUGAUGUCAAUGUUUGAAAGGCAACAACAAUCCAAUAGUUCUACUAGGCAUAUGCGAAGAAGAACAGUGAUACAUCGAAACCGUGAAGAAGGACAUACUCGAUUGUACAACGACUACUUCUCUGAAAAUCCAAUAUACACAAGUGCUCAAUUCCGACGAAGGUUUCGAAUGCAUAGACAUGUGUUUCUUCGAAUCGUAACUACACUUGGAAAUCAUGAUGAGUAUUUUCAAAUGAAGGUCGAUGCAACUGGUAAAACGGGUCUUUCGCCAUUGCAGAAGUGCACUGCUGCUAUUCGUAUAUUGGCAUAUGGAUCUCCUAGUGAUAGUGUAGAUGAAUAUGUUCGAAUUGGCGAAAACACUGCAAUUGA